ACAGUACCACCCCGUUCUAAUCAUAUAACAUAUAACCCUUACAAUUGUCAUCUCGAAAUUACUUGACAAAUAAUUACAUAUAUAAAUGCAGUAGUUUUUUUAAAUUUACCAAGAAAUUUUCAGUAAAUAAUUAAUCAUGCUUGUAUUAGUACUUGGAGAUUUGCACAUUCCUCAUAGAUGCAGUAGUCUGCCGAGUAAAUUUAAAAAACUCUUGGUACCUGGAAGGAUCCAGCAUAUUUUGUGUACUGGCAAUCUUUGCACUAAGGAGUCUUAUGAUUAUUUAAAAACACUCGCCAGUGAUGUUCAUGUUGUUAGAGGUGAUUUUGAUGAGAAUCUCAAUUACCCAGAACAAAAAGUCGUGACAGUCGGGCAAUUUCGAAUCGGUCUAUCUCACGGCCACCAAGUAGUACCCUGGGGCGACCCAGAGUCAUUAGCGUUAAUCCAGCGACAAUUGGACGUCGAUAUUCUCAUAAGCGGCCACACGCAUAAAUUUGAAGCUUAUGAGCAUGAAAAUAAGUUUUACAUAAACCCAGGAUCUGCUACUGGCGCUUACAAUCCUCUUGACACAUCAGUCAUUCCUUCAUUCGUGCUAAUGGACAUUCAAAGUUCAACAGUGGUGACUUAUGUUUACCAGUUGGUAGGCGACGAAGUUAAAGUCGAGAGAAUCGAAUACAAAAAAAGUUAAACCAACCACAUUAAUUGUUAAUUAAAUUUAUACAUAAAAAUGAAUUUAAAUUUAAAUUUAAAUUUAUACCAAGGGAAGCACUUAUAAUCCUAAAAAUUAAUUAUUUUAAUCACUUUAUGAAAGAUCUUGUAAAUAACUUUAAGAAAAAAAAAAUUAUAAAAUAAAAAAUUAAAAAUAACUAUUUACUGAAAAUAAAAUUAAAUAUACGAACUAUUAAAUUGUAAACAGAAAUAUCCUUGAUAAAAGUCCUUGAUAUUUGUUUACAAUUUAUUGUAAAACCGAUUACGAUAGUUGAACUUUUCUAGUACCAGUCUGUUGGAUCGACUCGGUCGAAUAAAUUUUAUUUCAUUGAUAUGAGCGAUACUUGCAACAAGUCACGUACGCGAUAGAAUGUACGUCAACCAGUUUGUUUACUGCAAAUCAAAAAUCAUUAAUGACGCCCGCUAAUUUAAUAAUAUAACUAAUUAUUUACAAUUUAAAAUUGAUAAUAAUGACGUUUUUAUUAAUCUAAUUUAUUUAAUUGUUUUUCCCAGACGGAGGUCAAGAUCUAGAGACAUCAAUGCUUACAAGAGCCGGCAAAAAAAUUAUUAGUCUAUUAAUAGCUGGAUGCAAGUUUAAAUAUUAUCUGUAAAAAAUCAUAAUUACUGUCCCCAGAUAUUUAAAAUCGCAAUUGCGACGCCAAUGAUACGAUGGGCUUGGUGAAAAUAAAAAAAAAAAUAAACAAUAACACAAAGAAGAUAAAAGGGAGUACAUUUAAUAUAUUACAUACGCAUGCGUAGCAGAUAAAGUGGGAGGACGCCGCGGGUUUAAUAAAAAGGAUACUGUCCGCGUAUUUACGAUUAGUUUUGUACACAAUUUACUGCCGAUCAUUACCGAUUUACUUUUGUAAAUUUAUAAAAAUAUAAAUAAACAAAUAAUGGCUUCAGCAUUUCUAAGACGCGGAUUGCAAUCCGUUAUUUCAAAGAGUGUUAAUAUCGAUAAGCGAGUUUUG